UCGCCUGAAUGAAAAAUUCGCUUUGCCCUGAAUAAAAAACUAUGAAUAUAUCUAUGCUGAAAGUGAAGUUUCGAGAUACUCAAACCAAUUUAUUCUACAGUUAACAUAAUCUGCUUGCUAGCUUUCUAAAUUUGUGAAAAAAAGAUCGAUUUCAUAUAUGCUGACGAAUUCAGUUGGCCGUCGGAACGAAGCGUUGUUGCAUGGAUCUAGUUUGACAUUUACUGUCAAAAUCGAAACGCUUUUCGCUAAAAUAAAUAAACAAUUAAAAUUGUCUCAAGGUUCUGGUGAAAUUCUUUGUAAUUAAUCUUAAAUAAAAAAAGACUAUACAGAAAUGCUCUCGGAAAAGAUAGGACAAUUAAUCCUAUUAUUAGAGAAACACGAGCUAGAGGCACCCGGCGGAAUCGUAUCCAUUCAGCUGUAUUCGGAACUAUUUGCUGCUUACCUUUACCAGAAUGAUCUUGCAAGUGCUCGGUUUUUAUGGAAACGGAUCCCACAAAACUUGAAAACAGGGAAUUUGGAACUCGACCAGAUGUACAAAGUGUACGUUGCGCUGUGGAACAACAAUACGGCAGGAUUUUAUAAAGCCAUGAAUCAUGACUGGUCCAAACACGUGUCGGAAUUGAUGUUUGAGCUUAAAGAGAAAUUUCAACAGGAAACAAUCACACUUAUUGGACGUGCGUACAGUUCCAUCUUCGAGAACGUGUUUGCUGAAAUGACCAAUCAAACGCCGGACAUGGUCGAGGAUACUUGCAAAUCUCUCAACUGGGACAUAACUCCCGGACCAUAUCCACGAUUAAUAAUACCGAAGCGAACCAUCGAUGAGAAGCCGAUUGUUGUUAGCUCGGAAGCGCAGCUGCACAGAUUAACCGACUUUGUGUCCUUCCUCGAGAACUGAGUGAAAUGAUUACGUGUUUGUAUGCUUAAGCAAACCACUAAUUUAGUAGCAAAUCAACACUUUUUUUGUACUAAAUAAAAUUAUGUGUCAUCGUACAUCAGUUACGUGAUGUGUUAUCUUCGUGAAAUAUAUCCGUGACAUCGAAUUUGAAACAA